CCGCCGACCCUCUGCCCUGCUGGGACCAGUACUGCAGCGAGGACGAGUUCUGCGGCGAGAUACCCGGGGGAACCCGCUGCUUCUGUCGCGCCCUGUUUAGCGCCAAAUACGAACCCACCAAGGCUUUAGGCGACUCGACGACCUGCACGGCAAACUCUGCUACUCUGACGCUGGCCAAAUGUCUGCUGGAGGACGUCAAUGUCGACUACAACAACUUACACCUCAAGGACCCGAACUGCAAAGGUGUCCUGGACCCAAAGACCCACCUGGUGACCUUCAGCUUCGAUGACGGAAGCAAACAGUGUGGAACGGACGUUGAGAAAGUGGACAACAUCGUCACCUACUCGAACGCCGUCAUGGAUCAGGACCCCGACGACGAUGCCAUCAUCAUCCGCCACGACCAAGUGAGGAUCGACUUCUCCUGCACGUACAGAAAGCCCGAGAUCCAGAGUUUUCCCUUCAGGAUCGCAAGCGGCUCUGUGACGAGGACAGUUGAAUCUCAAGAUUGGAGUUACACUCUAACGAUGAGCGCCUACAUCGACCCCGACUUCAAGCAACUUAUCACCGACGACACAGAGAUCCAGCUGAACCAGAGGGUGUGGGUGAAGCUGAUGACGAGCGGGCUGGACGACACCAUGGUCACCGUGGUGACCCAGAGCUGCUGGGCGACCAGCGAGGACAACAAUCAAGCCCUCUUGAAACACUUCCUCAUUUCUAACGGAUGUCCUGAUGACGGCGACUCGACGGUGCAGGUGGAGGGAAAUGGAGUGGGAACGUCCAACUCCUUCUCUUUCAGCAUGUUCCAGUUCACCAGUGGAAGUGGCCAAAUCUACCUGCACUGUGAGCUGGAGCUGUGCCUCAUAGGCGGAGACACACCCUGCGCUAAGAGCUGUGGAAGCUUGUCCAAAAAGAGGCGCAGGCGAAGAUCUUCCAGGUCUAAAUAUGAUCGAAACCCAGCUGUCAUCACUAUGGCCUGGAACCGCUAAAGACCGCCCCCUUUCUGAUGGAUUACACGGUGAUUCCCGACUGAAGCUUUGUCCAAUAGGACACCUGAAAUCUCAGAGUUUGAAGCUGCUGUGAAACGACGGCGGGAGAUAAUCUUCAUGUGAUCCUCCUGAGACGGCGUUUCUUAUCUCUGCAGAAUCUGUGGGCUGGUGAUUCAACCCGCAGAUUCAUAUAUAAUCUGUGGUGAAAUAAUGAAGAACAAAAAUAAUCAGUGAAGGGUUUAGAGGGUUUGAUUUAUUCUUUGCAGGAUUUCCUGGUACUGCAGGUUCUUUUCAAACAUGCACUUUUGCUGAAAAGUUUGGAAUCAGCUGUUUUAUUGAUGUUUUUUCUGUUUGAACACAGAUAAAAACAGUUUCAUUCAGACACUAAAUGUAUUAUUGACAUAUGAAACAGCGAAAAGCAUCAAAGAGCACUAAAACACAUCGAGUUGUCCUGUCAGACGUCUGACUGGAGUCAGACGAGCUUCUGUGGCAGCAGAUUACAAACUUCAGCAGCAUUAUUUUUUAAUUUCUUCUUGAAUUUUA